GAAGAAAAUAUUUAGACAAAACCGAAUUUACAAUUUACAGAAUAAUAACAUCCACUCAUGUAGAUUAAAAGAAAAUGCGCUGUAUAGGAUUCUCAAAAUGUUAUUUCUUCCAUGUUAUAUUUGACAUUUUGGACUUGGCAGUUUUACAGGAUACAAAUUGUGGAAGUCUACAAUGCUGCGGGGGCUCUGCUUGGGAUGAUUCUACCAGUAGAUGCAUUGGUUGUCCUGAUGGGAGAAUCGGAAGAUAUUGUGAGAUAAAAUGUCGAUAUCCAAGUUAUGGGGCACAAUGCCAGGAACAAUGUCAGUGCACUGAGGAAGAGUGUAGUCAUAUAACUGGAUGUCAUGGUACGACAACUGAAACAAAAGUCUUGCAGAGUACACUUUCCAUGUUAAAUGAUUUGGAUUUGCUGACGAAUGAAACAAAAAUACAUUAUAUAUUUUAUGAUUCGGCGGACGUUUUUCAAGAAGAUACCAAGAACAAACCUUCAACUUGGACACCAUUAGAUGCAAAGCACAAAUCAAUGCUCAUCUGCAUAAUUAUCCUAACUUCGUUUUUAGUUAUUAUUUUGGCAGGGUGCAUAGGAAGGAAAAAUAUCCAAGAAUGUAUAGAUGUAUUACUGUACAGCUAUCAACCUGUCCGAAACAGAAGAACUAUUAGAAAUAAUUCUGUUGAUACAUCUUCUGUAUAAGGAGUCUUGAGGAUUCCAUAAUGUGGUUGACAAGUUACUGGAUCUUUUGAUGUAGACAACUUCCUUAGC